GGAUUUGGCUGCCCGUAAUGUGCUGAUAGAUGAUCACAAAACUUUGAAAAUAUCCGAUUUCGGUCUAUCACGCCAUGGUAUUUAUACCAAUACGAAAACUCGAAAGCUACCUUUACGCUGGCUCUCCAUUGAGGCAAUUCGCGACAAUGUGUACUCGAACAAAAGUGACAUCUGGGCAUAUGGUGUCGUUUUAUGGGAAAUUGGCACCCUGGGCGCUUCGCCAUAUCCUACUAUCAGCAAUCAUGAGCUGAUUCCAUAUUUGGUGUCCGGUAAACGACUGGAAAAGCCAGAAAUUUGCACUGAUCAAGUCUAUGCUAUUAUGACGCAAUGCUGGGAUGAAAAUCCAGAGGAGCGACCAACUUUUGCCGAGCUCUACAAGGCUCUAAGCCCACGCACGGCUUACGUUGAUAUUAACAGUCUGAGUGAUGAUUACGUCUUUCCACCUAUUAGUAAUUAA